AGAAGAGCGGCGGCGGCAAGCAUAAAAUUACUGUAAAUUACUCUGUGUGAAAUGUAAACAUUAAUCAGCCAUGGUUCAAGAGUUUCAUGUAUUGAGAUGCUUUUCGUGUCAAAUCUUUCAAGUACAGCAGGUCAAGAAGAGUAAGAAAUGGCAAUGUAAAGUGUGUGGUGAGAAGCAGUCAGUUUUAAAGGAGUAUGGUCGUGGUGCUGCUGCUGACUGCAGACGUCAUGUUCAGAAACUGAAUUCUCUGCGUGGAGAGCUGCUGGAGGUGAACAGAGAAAAUGUUUUGUCACAAUGGGAGCAGGACAAAGAUGAUCAGAACGCAAGUGUUAAUGAAGAUCUGGAUGCACAUCAUGAAUCAGAGGAAGUGCCUACUGUUAGCCGCUGGAGUAAAUACAUUGAUCGAACAUCUGAAGAUCCAAAACAAGAGGAAGAUGAGAAAGAAGAAGAAAAUAUUUACAUGGAAAGAGAGACAUUCAGGAACCGAGGACCUAGAAAAAGAAAAUUGGUUUCCAAAUUAAAGUCUGUCGAUGCCCCUUCUGGUAACUUUGAGCACAAGGAGUCAUGGACAGGUUGUCUGGAUGAUAAAACUCGCCCAUACCAGCCAUCACAGCAUGACAGGAAGUUGAGUUCAUCAAGAAGUAGUGGACAUUUUUCUAAAUAUUCCAACCAUGACAAAGCAAAAGAUGUCUCCCCUAGCACACAUCUCCCAUCAUCCCCUCCGGCUGUUUCCGGCUACCAUACAGGCUCCACUGGUUACAAAUACACAGCGGCAAACUCUAAUAAAUACCAGCAAAACUCCUCACAUACCCAACCAGGAGCUGAUGUACCCAAACAUCUCCCCCUGCCCAGCAAGGUCAUUUCUGAACCUUCUUCUAAUCAAUCAUUUGAAUCCAAAUUGGGGAGCAAGGCUUCCAAAUGGAAUAAAUUCCUCGCUGUUGUCCCAACUCAAGAAGAAGAUGAUGGUGUGGAUGAUCAUUUAUCAACAGUGAUGCCUGAAUCAACAGACAUUCAUUAUCAAGAACUAAGAUGUCCACUGGUUGGGGACACAGAAACAGGAAGGCAGAUGUCUGUUGGUGGCGCUUGUGUGGAUGGAAAUUUCCACGGGAGUGCAUUUAGCUCUGAACAAGCCGUCUGCCAGCCUCCGCUAACCAAGAACUCUUGUCCUGGUCUUUCUUUAAACUCCAUGUUUUUUACUGAUGAAGACUUUGAUGACACAUUUUAA